AUGUUCCCCCCUCCUUUUUUGUUUUUCUCGCACCUAUUGCCGGCUCGUUUCUGCUGCGCGGGGCACCUCCCACUGCCUGUGGCAUUGCUGUGUGUUGCCUUCUCGCCCUCUACCCACUUGUUUUUUUUCCUUUGGCCGGUUGCUGCCGCUCCCAAGCACAAUAUAAACCGCAGCACGGCAAAAGGAGGAACCGUUAGGCUUCCAGCGAUGAGGUUUUGGCAGAGUCAGACGAGGGAGGUGGAGCGCCGCAAGGCCGCCGGGCUGCCUGCCGUGGACGAGAUGCGGCGCUUCCGCAUGCUUGUGUGCUGCCUGUUCUGCAGCAUUUGCACCUCCCUUGUCUACGCCUUUGACCUCUUCACGACGCAGUUCGUGGAGCGCUUUCACCUCGGCGUCGGCGACCAGGCCGCGAUCAGCGCGGUGUGGGGCUGGUGUUCUGCUACUUCACGCUGCCGUACGGCUUCCUGUUCGACUACGCCGGCCCCUUUCCCCUGA